AUGAAAUACCUUUUUUUUCUUUCUCCUCUUGUCUCUUCUCUUUCUGAGCAAGGCCGUUGUGGCCCUCGAAGCAUCCGCAGCCGCUCUACUUUUACCAAGCCUACCUGGUCGAAUUCAAGACAAGGGAUCGCAAACGGCGAAAAAUUGCAAAAACAUGCGCAAAGACUGAUGCUCCCUGCACAUACCCAGAAUUUGCAAAGAUUCAAAAGUAUCAGGACAAUCAUCAAGACUGCCGAUCCGACCGAUGUCAUAAGUACAUCUCGAAGUCUAAGGGAGAAGGGGUGUAAACCUAUAUAUGAUUUCUCGCAACUCCUCGAGGGCACAGCCAAACUAUCAGAAUUUGGGCCUAUCUUUGAAAAGAUCGAUGGGCUGAUCAGGGAUUGGCUAGGUUUUGACAAGGUCGCGGAGCACAGAAAGCCUAUGGCAGACGCGCUAGAUCUCAUCCAGAAACAUCGCAUCGCCGGCAACAUGAAAUUCUUUAUCGCGGAGCUCAAGAAAGAGUUAGGGAUCGAGAAGCUUGCACUUCAAAAUCCGAAGCCCAUGACCCCUGAUGGUUUGCCAUAUGACGCCUACGAUACAGAAAAGACAGUCGAUCAACUGAGAAAGUCGGCGGAAAACGAGGCCGAUCCAGAGAAGAAGGCAAAGAUCGAGGCGCAAGCCGACGGUCUCGCAGCCAAUAUACAGGAGCUUGUUAUAAAGAUGCGUUCGCCAGAUUAUAAAGAAAAGGUUAAGGAUGAUGUAAAACUUGCCAAGUUCAAGAGGCACCAGGCUGCGAUUUUCCGAGCGAAGAACACCUUGAAACUAUUGCAAAAAAUAGAAAAAGGUGGAAAAUGCUGA